CCUCCCGCUCCUCGCCCCUCGCUCCUCCUCUUCAUGGUUACGGCCUAACAUGAAGGACUGAAUCUGAGGACGCAGUGCCCCCUGCUGGUCUCGUGCUGCCGCUGCAGGCCAUGGCUGACUCCAGCUCCUCCGACCUGAUCGCCAAACACUACAACUACACGGGGAAGUUCCGUAAGACGGCGUCGGACUCGGGUCUGAAGGCCGACUCCGUGGUCUUCAUCAUCGUGUGCUGCUUCAUCAUCCUGGAGAACAUCCUGGUCCUCACCACCAUCUGGAGGACCAAGAAGUUCCACAAACCCAUGUACUACUUCAUCGGGAACCUGGCGCUGUCCGACCUGCUGGCGGGCGGCGUCUACACCGCCAACAUCCUGCUGUCGGGCGCCAACACGUACAAGCUGACGCCCACGCAGUGGUUCUUCAGGGAGGGCAGCAUGUUUGUGGCGUUGGCGGCGUCCGUCUUCAGUUUACUGGCCAUCGCCAUCGAGCGCCACCUGACCAUGCUGAAGAUGAAGCUGCACAACAACGGGAACACGUUCCGCGUCUUCCUGCUCAUCAGCACGGUGUGGAUGAUCGCCGCCGUGCUGGGCGGUCUGCCCGUCAUGGGCUGGAACUGCAUCGAGAGCAUGACGGCGUGCUCCACCGUGCUGCCGCUCUACCACAAGACCUACAUCCUGUUCUGCACCACUGUCUUCAGCAUCAUCCUAAUGGCCAUCGUGGUUCUCUACGCCAGGAUCUACGCCCUCGUUCGCACGCGCAGCCGCAAGCUCGUCUUCCGCAAAGUCACCAACGGUCGCGGGAAUGCGGGCGCCAACAUCAAGAGCUCGGAGAAGUCGAUGGCACUCUUGAAGACGGUCAUCAUCGUUCUGAGCUGCUUCAUCGCCUGCUGGGCGCCGCUCUUUGUCCUCCUGCUGCUGGACGCCGCCUGCGAGACGCUGACCUGCCCCAUCCUCUACAAGGCGGAGUGGUUCCUGGCGCUCGCCGUCCUGAACUCGGCCAUGAACCCGCUCAUCUACACGCUGACGAGCAACGAGAUGCGCCGAGCCUUCCUCAAGACGCUGCUCUGCUGCACUUCCUGGCUCCGCCCAAGCACCAAGUUCACUGGGCCCAUCAUGGGGGCGGAGUUUAGCCGAAGCAAGUCAGAUAACUCCUCCCACCCCAACAAGGAGGAAGCGGAGUACUCGCAGAGGGAGACGACAGCGGCGUCCUCAGGGAACGUCACCUCAUCGUCCUAAACGAUGAGAACGAGUCGCAGAGUUUGUUUGGACAGGAAACAGGAAGUGUGAAUGCCUCCCAAUGGCGUCAUUGUGGCUGAACUGAACUGUCAGCUGAUUCUGACUCCCAGCACUUAUGGAGAACUUUAACUGGUUUAACUGGAACCAGUGGACCCUCAGAUGGAGACACUUAGUAAGUCGCUCACACCUCUGACUGAGACAUGUCGAGACACAUCAAGGUCACAUCAAGGUCACAUCGAGUCACAUCAAGGUCACAUUGGGUCACAUCGAGUCACAUCGAGUCACAUCAAGGUCACAUUAGGUCACAUUGAGUCACAUUGAGUCACAUCAAGGUCACAUUGGGUCACAUCGAGUCACAUCGAGUCACAUCAAGGUCACAUUGGGUCACAUCGAGUCACAUCGAGUCACAUCAAGGUCACAUUAGGUCACAUUGAGUCACAUUGAGUCACAUCAAGGUCACAUCGGGUCACAUCAAGGUCACAUCGAGUCACAUCAAGGUCACAUUAGGUCACAUCGAGUCACA